AUGGCAGCAACGAGCCAACCCGCUCAAUGGUAUCUAUCUGAGCGCCAAAAAAAACAGGAAGUGCUAGUUCUCAACAGAUUUGGGGAGGUUUAGGUCACCAUUGUGCUGGCCUUUUGCACAGUUCUUCAAAUGUCGGCUUCAGUCCGGUUUACAAAAUGGAGUCACAGUCGUAUCUGCCCGUAGAACCCGGUAUCGGCAUGGAAGAAAAUUUCUUUUCCUUGGACGAUAUUUUGCUUUCACAUGAGCGACUUCCUAUCCGCACAGAAGUGACUUUUCCUCGACUCGGAUUCCUGGAGAAGUCGAGCGACUCGCCGGAUAUUCCGAUGGGGACAAAAAUGGAGUUUCCUUUGUGGCUAUCCAAGGGUUUGUAUGAGCAGAACAAAAGGAUGCUGUCAGUCGAGCUACCCAAGGUUUACAGAGAAGGCUGGAGAACUGUGUUCAAUGCAGACCCCAAUGUGGUGGAUCUACAUAAAUUGGGCCCCUACUACUAUGGCCUCGGAUCACAGAUUCUGCGCUUUGACAGUCCAGAGAACCCAGAAAUAGCACAGACUUUGCUGCAGACAUUCAUUGGGCGUUUCAGACGGACCAUGGACUCUUCCCAGAAUGCCUACAACGAGGACACCUCAGCGUUGGUGGAGCGUCUGGACUCUCUUGAGAAGGCGCUAUUCAUGUCAGGGCAAUUUGGCCUCAACAGCUUCCAGGGCUGGGAGAAAGGACAGGCCUCCCGGCUCUCUGCCUCAAGCCUGGUGCUUAACUACCGCAAGAGGAAGAUAACAGACGUGCAGUCGUGACCUAGCCUACCAGCUGGAGGAAACCACUGGCCUAAAUGUCAGCGAAAGACUCUUCACAGUGUCUUCUUGUCCUAUGCUUUGCUGAUUUUUCUAUGAAACUUUCCUGUAAUGGGUGGCCUUCCUGUCUGGAGUUUGCCCGUUCUCCCCAUGCUUUUGAGGGUUUUUACCCUUAUUUAAUUGGUAACCUCGUAUACGAAUGUGACUGCAAAUAUGUAUUGUAUACUGUAUGUACUUAUCUUGUACAGCAGUCUUGUAUCUGCAUCUCCUUGGAAGCAAUCAAUUUGUCAUUCCAUACAGCUGCCAUUAUUUUUCCCCUUUACUGACACUCCAUUAGCAAAAUGACCCACUAAGGUGCGUUGCUGUAUGUUUUAACAAAAAUGGCUUUGAGUGUGAACUUUUGUUUCCAAAUGAAUGUUGAUUAUAUUCUGUUCUGUGCGUGUUUUAAUGCACUCAUCACCCCUUCUUUCUUUCUUUCUUUUUUUAAACCAAAUUAAUAAAUGUGUUACUAAUUUAAAAAUCUACUAGAGGAAUUUUAUAUUUUUAUGACCUCAACCCACAGGACAAAAAGAGAGACAAGAUCAGGUUCCUCAGAAGUAUACUUUAAAGUAAAUACAUCAAAUUAUACCCAAUUCAGCCAAAUUAGAACAAAUGGUGAUGUUAAAGUACAGUUGAAACCAGAUUUUUACUUACACUAUAUAAAAAAAGAUGUUUUUCUUUUUCCUCACUGUCUGACAUGAAAUCAGACUAAAUCUUUUCGGUUUUUGGUAAAUUAGGAUAACUGAAAUUAUUUCUAUUUGCUGGAAUGCUAGAAUAAUGACAAUAUUUUAAAAAAGCAAUUUGUCUUUAUUUUCUUCUAAUUCAGAAGUUUACAUACAGUAAGAUUAGUGCCUUCAAACAACUUGAGAAAACCCAGAUCGAUUUCAUUACUUUGGAAGCUUCUGAGCCAAGCACGGUGGACGACUGGUUAGCACAUCUGCCUCAACAGUUCUGAGGACCUGGGUCAAAUCCGUCCUCACCUGUGUGGAGUUUGCAUGUUCUCCCUGUACCUGUGUGGGGUUUCUCCGGUUGCUCCGGUUUCCUCCCACAUUCCAAAAACAUGCAUGGUAGGUCAAUUGAAGACUUUAAAUUGUCCACAGUUGUGAAUGUGAGUGUGAAUGGUUGUUUAUAUGUGCCCUGCAAUUGGCUAGCGACCAGUUCAGGAGGUACCCUACCUCUUGCCCAGAGAGAGCUGGGAUAGGCUUUAGCACGCGUGCAACCCUAGUGAGGAUAAGCUGUAUGGAAAAUGGAUGGAUGAAAAUUGUGCUUUUAACCAAAUCAUGACUAUAAUUUAAGAAAAACUAAUAAAUUUAGCUGUCACAAGGUGACAGCAGUUUAAUUUGUUUCUUCCAAAGUGGAAAAAAAAUACUUGGAUGUAACUUCAUUUUCUUUUUUUUACAAAAUAAAUGUUUUGAAUUUAUCUGAAAUUUAAAAUGAUGCUUUCAACCAGAUCAUGAAUAUAAUUGAGAGAAAAAAACUAAUACAUUUAGCUGUACAAAUUUCAACCUUUUUGAAAAUUGCUAUGUAUAAUCAUGUUCACCGGAAAGAUGUUCUGAUGUAAACUAGGGCUAAAGUUUUGAUGACAUUCUAAUGAAAAUUAUUUUAAAUUGUCAGUUACACCUUAGUUUCUGUGGGAGUCUGAUUGCAAGGGACUGACAAACAGAAACAACAAAACUAAAAAAAGUAGAACUGUGAACAUAGAACAAUUUCCUCAGUGAAA